CGGUCCUCGACGGCUGCGUGGAGGCGCCCUGCCCGCCCCGGAUGGGCAUCGUGGAGCCCGGCUGUCGAGACAUGCUGACCGGCACCGAACCGAUGCCGACGAGUGAUGAGGGCCGGGGAUCCGGCGCGGACCAGCAGCAUCGCUACUUCUACCCGGAGCCCGGAGCGCAGGACGCGGCCGAUCGCCGCGGAGGUGGCAGCCUGGGGGCACCCUUCUCCGGGGGCGCCCUGGUGCCGGCUCCGCCGGGCCGCUUCCUCGGAGCCUAUGCCUACCCGCCCCGGGCCCAGGCGGCCGGCUUCCCCGGGUCAGGCGAGCCCUUCCCGCCGCCCGCUGGCACCGAGGGCUACCAGCCCGGAGAUGGCUACGCUGCCCCGGACCCCCGCGCGGGGCUCUACCCCGGGCCGCGCGAGGACUACGCGUUGCCCGCUGGACUGGAGGUGUCCGGGAAGCUGAGAGUCGCGCUCAACAACCACCUGUUGUGGUCCAAGUUCAACCAGCACCAGACGGAGAUGAUCAUCACCAAGCAGGGACGGCGAAUGUUCCCAUUCCUGUCAUUCACCGUGGCGGGGCUGGAGCCCACCAGCCAUUACAGGAUGUUUGUGGAUGUAGUCUUAGUGGACCAGCACCACUGGCGGUACCAGAGUGGCAAGUGGGUGCAGUGUGGAAAAGCAGAGGGCAGCAUGCCAGGAAACCGUCUGUACGUCCACCCAGAUUCGCCCAACACUGGAGCCCACUGGAUGCGCCAGGAAGUUUCAUUUGGGAAACUAAAGCUCACGAACAACAAGGGGGCCUCCAACAAUGUGACUCAGAUGAUCGUACUGCAGUCCCUCCAUAAGUACCAGCCCCGGCUGCACAUUGUGGAGGUGAAUGAUGGAGAGCCAGAAGCUGCCUGCAAUGCUUCUAACACGCACGUCUUUACUUUCCAAGAGACCCAGUUCAUUGCUGUGACUGCCUACCAGAAUGCGGAGAUCACUCAACUGAAAAUUGACAAUAAUCCCUUUGCCAAGGGAUUCCGGGAGAACUUUGAGUCCAUGUAUGCAUCUGUUGACACCAGUGUCCCCUCUCCACCUGGACCCAACUGUCAACUGCUUGGGGGGGACCCCUACUCGCCUCUUCUAUCCAACCAGUAUCCCGUUCCCAGCCGCUUCUACCCUGACCUUCCUGGCCAGCCCAAGGAUGUAGUCUCACAGCCUUACUGGCUGGGGACGCCACGGGAACAAAGUUACGAGGCCGAGCUCCGAGCAGUGAGCAUGAAGCCUGCAUUCCUGCCCUCUGCCCCUGGGCCCACUAUGUCCUACUACCGUGGCCAAGAAGUCCUGGCACCUGGGGCUGCCUGGCCUGUGUCUCCCCAGUACCCUCCUAAGAUGAGCCCAGCAGGCUGGUUCCGCCCCAUGCGAACUCUACCCAUGGAGCCUAGCCUGGGAGCCUCGGAUGGACGGGGGCCAGAGGAGCAGGGCUCCCCCUCGCUGUGGACUGAGGUCACCCCCCUCCGACCGGAGCCCAGCGACUCAGGACUAGGCGAAGGAGACUCUAAGAGAAGGCGGAUAUCCCCCUACCCUUCCAGUGGAGACAGCUCCUCUCCCGCUGGGGCCCCUUCUCCUUUUGAUAAGGAGGCGGAAGGCCAGUUUUAUAACUACUUUCCCAACUGAGCAGAUGCCUCUAGAUUGGAGGAUGCCAACUAACUUAGAAAACAGACAUAGGGCCGAGAAGCCUUGUGCUCCCGCCAUCCCUUCCCUGUGUAGUGAUUGGUUGGGGAAGAAGAGGGGCCAAGAAGGAUUCUGGGGUUCUCGUGUGGCUUCCUUGCCAGUAAGGAAAUGUGACAGGAGUGUCCCCUGCCCCUUCCUCUGCCUGAACUACAGUCAUGUACCUGGUGCUGCUUCUGAUGGAAGGUUCUGUGGAGAACAGAAUAGACUCAAGGAGGUCUUGGACCCAGAGGGCCUUCCUGGCUUCUGGUGGGGUGGGAGGGUCAGGGGAGAAGCCAGGAAUGGAGACCUGCUCUCUUCCCCUGUGGACUAACUUUCAAUGGUUCUGUUGCCUGUGUUAAUCUCUGACCUGAAAAUAAAGAUACACAGAUUUUUAUAACAGUCAGCCAACUAGAGUUGGGGAGAGGACCCUGGGUCCACCUACUAGGAAACAAGAGAGUGGGUGCAGAGGAAGGGGUGGGGGUGCAUUUCACCAAGCAAGGUCAUUUGUCAUGGUGUGCACACAUGCUUUUUUCCUUUUCUUUUUUAUUUUUAUUUUUUGGAUGGGGAGGCUAUUUAUUGUACAGAGAGUGGUGUCUGGA